GUCUCGCGUGCUCCGGCUGCAGUGAUUGGAGGGUUGGGUCAGGAAUGGGUUCUCGCGCAUGGUUGGAAUUCUCCGCUGUUGCGCGAGGCGGAGAGAGAGAGAAAAAACGAGAACGAGCGAGCGAGCGAGCGAGACAGACAGACAGACAGACAAAGAGAGAACGAGAGAACGAGAGGGAGGGAGACCCAGAGAGGAUCGCCGUACUGAAGAAAAAAAUCAAAUUAUUUGUGAAAAAUACUAAAUAUAUCGGGCUCACACGUUUAAACGUUUGAAUUGGGAGUACAUUACUAUCUGGAGCGGUAUUCUGCCUGCAAUGUUGAUUUUGUCCUGCAAGUUAAAGCUGGAAUUGACUCUACCAGGAUACAGAUGAUGAAGACAAUGGUACACAUCUGGACUAGUUUUGAAGAUUUUCAGACUACGCUGUCAGAGUUUUUACAAAUGAGCCUUAUCAACAUACAGAGCCAGUGAGAAGUACACAUUAGAAAGCAUCCCCACCCUCCCUACCCCAGCCACUCAUCCCCUUUUUCCUCACAAACACACACACACACACACACACACACACACACACACACACACAAGCACACGUGCACUCGCAACCCAGGACCUGAGGACUGACUGACUGGCGGCUGCUGCUGCUGCUGCUGCUGUGCAAACUCACAGGAGUGCCUGACCAGCAGAUCGAUUGCACAGUUUGGAAGGAGGCUGACUGUCUGUCUGCAGCGCAAUAGAUUCGAGAUCUGAUUCCUACACUGCGAGAAUGACUUGGAUUCAUGUUUGCGUCACCGUGUUUGGGGCCUAUGUCUUCCUGGUACUCAACGCUAGAGCGGGUCAGAACCCAGACCACGUGCUCCUCGGCACGGGUGUCAAACCCGGGGAGUCCAAAAGGGCGCAGGACGGCUCGACGGUGUCUCCCGAGGACGCCCCCCGCUUUCUGAGCUGUUACUGUUCAGGGCACUGUCCUGAAGAUGCCAUUAACAACACCUGCGAGACGAACGGGCAGUGUUUUUCCAUCAUAGAGGAGGAUGAGCAUGGAGAGACUCGCCUGACAUCAGGCUGCGUGAAGUACGAAGGCUCUGACUUCCAGUGCAAGGACUCCCCAAGAGUGACCCUCAGACGGACUAUUGAUUGCUGCCAAACAGACUUCUGCAACCGGGACCUGCAGCCUACACUGCCACCACGCAUUGAGAAAGACCCCCUCUUUGGCAGUGCCCACUGGCUUGCCUUUUUGAUCUCUGUGACAGUCUGCAGCAUCGUGCUCAUUGUGAUCACUGUCAUCUGCUACUACAGGUAUAAGUGGCAGACAGAAAGACGGCGCUAUAACAGGGAGCUGGAGCAGGACGAGGCCUUCAUCCCUGUUGGGGAAUCGCUUAAAGAUCUGAUUGACCAUUCACAGAGCUCUGGGAGUGGGUCCGGGCUCCCCCUGCUGGUACAGCGCACAAUUGCCAAGCAGAUCCAGAUGGUGCGCCAGAUCGGGAAGGGGCGUUACGGUGAGGUGUGGCUCGGGCGCUGGCGAGGAGAGAAGGUGGCGGUCAAGGUGUUCUUCUCCAGAGAGGAGGCCAGCUGGUUCAGGGAGACGGAGAUCUACCAGACUGUGCUUAUGAGGCACGAGAACAUACUGGGCUUUAUUGCUGCGGACAUCAAAGGCACAGGCACGUUCACGCAGCUCUUCCUGAUCACGGAUUACCACGAGAACGGCUCUCUCUACGACUACCUGAAGUUCACCACGCUGGACACCAAGUCCCUGCUGAAGCUGGCGUACUCGGCGGCCUGCGGCCUGUGCCACCUGCACACAGAGAUCUACGGCACGCAGGGCAAGCCUGCCAUUGCGCACCGUGACCUCAAGAGCAAGAACAUUCUGAUGAAGAAGAACGGCACCUGCUGCAUCGCUGACCUCGGCCUGGCCGUCAAAUUCAACAGUGACACGAACGAGGUGGAUAUCCCACUGAACACGCGCGUUGGCACCAAACGUUACAUGGCUCCCGAGGUGCUGGACGAGAGCCUGAAUAAGAACCACUUCCAGGCCUACAUCAUGGCGGACAUCUACAGCUACGGACUCGUCAUUUGGGAGAUGGCUCGCCGCUGCGUCACUGGAGGUAUCUUGGAAGAGUACCAACUGCCCUACCACGACAUGGUGCCUUGCGACCCGUCCUAUGAGGAGAUGCGGGAGGUGGUGUGCGUGAAAUGUGUCCGUCCCGCUGUGUCCAACCGGUGGAACAGUGAUGAGUGUCUGAGGGCGAUGCUGAAGUUGAUGUCUGAGUGUUGGGCCCAAAAUCCUGCCUCCCGCUUGACAGCACUACGGGUCAAAAAGACUCUUGCCAAAAUGGUUGAAUCGCAGGACAUCAAGAUAUGAGCACACGAGAGACAGGAGGAAGCGAUGCUUGAAGAUUAUUAUUAUUAUGUUAUUAUUAUUAUUAUUAUUAUUAUUAUUACUAAAAUCACAGCUGUUAUGAAUGGGGCUGAAUGGAUUUGCCUCGUGAAAACUCAUAUUCACUCCCACUGCAUGCCUAGGUAAGGAGGCUAAACUGAAGUACUUUCACCUGAAAGGAAGUGCAGAGAGAGCGACAGGACUGGGCAUGGCUGUGGAGACACGUGGAGCUUGUGUUUGGUAAUACUGUUGAGGACAGCUUUCUGUGUCGCUCUCUAUAUCCUCAAGCCCGCCGCUGUAAGGAGAGGAUAAAAAAGACAAUGCAGGACUUUGUUCCCCUUUUCUUGAUCUUCAAUUGCAAAAAACUCUGGUAAUGGAAGAUGGGUGAACUCCAGAGAUGUAGUGCUUUCUGUGAAAGCCAUAUAUAUAUAUAUAUAUAUAUAUAUAUAUAUAUAUAUAUAUAUAUAUAUAUAUAAAUAUAUAUAAAUUACACACAGUUGUUUUAUGAAAGAAUUUACCUUGCAGCUGGCUCAUCUAAAGGGAAAAAAGGAAGGUUAAAAAAAAAUAUCAUCACAAGUUGAUGAUAACUGGACUUGGGUUAUAUACAUUUGAAAAACAAACACAGUUGUCAAGAAAUAUCAUCUGUCUUUUUGUGUAUUUUUUGUUUGUUUACAGUCAAGCUAAUUGUUUGUGCCAGGACCUUUUUUUUUCCUGCCAAAGGGAUUCUCAACUCUUUCCAAGUUUUAAUGCAAGUGAGUAAUUACAAGGAACGUUAACAGGAUUCUCUUUGUAUUUAACAUGUUAAUAGAAACGGCCCAGGACGUUGUGCCUAGAUUAAGACUGUUCUUGUUGUUUUAAGCUCAGCUGACUUUUUAACUUGUGCCACUAGCUGGGAACGUAAUUUCAACGCACCCUUUUGGCAAAAGAAGCCGAUUUGUCUUUGGGGCCCUUCCUAUGCAGAGAGAGUUUAGAACACCUCUGGUGCAAAUGCCUUAAAUUCAAACAAAGCUACGAUCAUCUUCAAGCAUGGUAGUUUUCACUUUUUAUUAAAAAAAACCCAACAACUUUAAAAUGAGUUAAAUUAAAAAAAAAAAAAAAAUCCUGGUGUGAUUUUUAAUCUGUGAAGUGUAUUAAAAAGAAUAACUAUAGUUAAUCAUUUUUUUUAAUUGUUAAUUAAUUUUCUUUACCCAUAGUUGAUCAGAAUCUUUUUUUUUUUUUUUGGAGGGGAGGGGUUAAACCAAAAGAUGCAGUAUUUAUUUGAUUAUUAUACAGUGUGUGUGUGUGUGUGUGUGUGUGUGUGUGUGUGUAUAUAUAUACAGACGUGCUCAAAUGUGUUGGUACCCCUCCACAAAAAACAAAGAAUGCACAAUUUUCUCUGAAAUAACUUGAAACUGUCAAAAGUAAUUGGCAUCCACCAUUGUUUAUUCCAUAUUUAAUAGAAAUCAGACUUUGCUUUUGAUUUUUUAUUCAACAUAAUAUUGUAAAUAAGAAAACAAAUGAAAAUGGCAUGGACAAAAAUGAUGGGACCGCUAACCUAAUAUUUUGUUGCACAACCUUUAGAGGCAAUCACUGCAAUCAAACGUUUUCUGUAGCUCUCAAUGAGACUUCUGCACCUGUUAACAGGUAGUUUGGCCCACUCUUCCUGAGCAAACUGCUCCAACUGUCUCAGGUUUGAUGGGUGCCUUCUCCAGACUGCAAGUUUCAGCUCUUUCUAUAGAUGUUCGAUAGGAUUCAGAUCAGGACUCAUAGAGGCCACUUCAGAAUAGUCCAAUGUUUUGUUCUUAUCCAUUCUUGGGUGCUUUUAGCUGUGUGUUUUGGGUCAUUAUCCUGUUGGAGGACCCAUGACCUGCAACUGAGACAGAGCUUUCUGACACUGGGCAGUACGUUUCGCUCCAGAAUGGCUUGAUAGUCUUGAGAUUUCAUUGUGCCCUACACAGAUUCAAGGCAGCCUGUGCCAGGCGCAGCAAAGCAGCCCCAAAACAUAACCGAGCCUCCUCCAUGUUUCACUGUAGGUAUGCUGUUCUUUUCUUUGAAAGCUUCAUUUUUUCGUCUGAGAACAUAGAGCUGAUGUGACUUGCCAAAAAGCUCCAGUUUUGACUCAUCUGUCCAAAGGACAUUCUCCCAGAAGGAUUGUGGCUUGUCAAUAUGCAUUUUAGCAAAUUCCAGUCUGGCUUUUUUAUGUUUUUCUUUCAAAAGUGGAGUCCUCCUGGGUCUUCUUCCAUGGAGCCCACUUUCGCUCAAAAAGCGACUGAUGGUGCAAUCAGAAACUGACGUACCUUCACCUUGGAGUUCAGCUUGUAUCUCUUUGGCUGUUAUCCUUGGUUCUUUUUCUACCAUUUGCACUAUCCUUCUGUUCAAUCUGGGGUCGAUUUUCCUCUUGCGGCCGCGCCCAGGGAGGUUGGCUACAGUUCCAUGGACCUUAAACUUCUUAAUAAUAUUUGCAACUGUUGUCACAGGAACAUCAAGCUGCUUGGAGAUGGUCUUGUAGCCUUUACCUUUACCAUGCUUGUCUAUUAUUUUCUUUCUGAUCUCCUCAGACAACUCUCUCCUUUGCUUUCUCUGGUCCAUGUUCAGUGUGGUGCACACAAUGAUACCAAACAGCACAGUGACUACUUUUCUCCAUUUAAAUAGGCUGAAUGACUGAUUACAAGAUUGGAGACAUGUGUGAUACUAAUUAAAGAAGCUAAUUAGUUUGAAAUAUCAGUAUAAUCCAAUUCUUUAUUAUCUUUUCUAAGGGGUACCAACAAAUGUGUCCAGGCCAUUUUAGAAUAUCUUUGUAGAAUAAGCAAUAAUUCAUCUCUUUUCACAGCUUCUUUGCUUUAUUCUAUGACAUACCAAAGGCAUGCAAGUAUACAUGAUAAAAUAGCUUUUAAUUUCAUCACUUUUCAGGAGGAAUGAAGCAUUAUUUCAAUGAGCUGUAAGGGUACCAACAAAUUUGAGCACGUCUGUAUAUAUAUUUUUGAUUUAAACCGAAAUCCUGAAUGGAUAUAGACCUGCAUAUUCUCAAUGGAGCGGCAAAGGUAAAGGAGGUGCUUUCUCUAUGUUUAGGACUCUUCCGUUUUGAGUUGUUCCUGUUUGUACCUGUAUUUUCCAGGAUACUGUUAUUCUUUAUCAGCUUGCAUGUGUUUACUGUGAGCUUGGACACCCCUGAAUUCACCUGAGAUUAACGUUGGACAAGCUAGUAUGAAUUGUUUGUUUGGCAUCGCAUGUACCAGGAAUGCCUCGUUCUGCUCUGCAACAGGAGUUUUAUUUCCCCCCCCAAAUGUAAUAGUUUUAAUGGCUAUGUAUUUAUCCAUGUAGCCAUAUACUGAACAGUACUGGGUCUACCUCCUGCAUACUGCACACUCACUGUGUGAAAUUUAAUUUUGCUAAUAUGAAUGUGUAUUGUAGUCUGGAAAAAUAACCCCAGAGACAGAUACAAUGCAAUUACAAUUACAAUGGUAUUAUUCAUCAUUAAAACAAAAUCCUAUUCAGGCCUUGGCUACAAUAGAGAAUUGUGUGUAGCUGGUUUUUCUCCCGUCUCCGGGGUUAGUAUGUCGACAUGUCGUUAUUUUAAGUCAUUCAAACCAAACCUGAAGAUGCUUGUCUGUGUCUCUUGUAAAACGCAGAUUAAAAAAUCUGAAACUUUUCUUCAGUUUUUCACAAUAGCAUUAACCCCCUCUGCAUUGGACAUUCCAGCUUUUUGAUCAUUUACCUUGUCUCCUUGAAGCGCCCCGAAAUCUCGAGUCAAAGCUUGGCCAAUUAAUGCUUAAUUGUAAACCUCAAAGAUCAUGCUAGGCAGUCAGAUACCAAGUACAUCUCUCCUCAUUGGCAUACUUUAGAAACUUAAUUGGCAGCUUAUUUUCUUCCAAUGCCAUCCAGUUCCUGAUAUCUCAUGUCAUCUUACUGUCGCCAGAGUUGAUUAUCUAGCAGGUGAAGCUUGCUGGCACUGCCGAAGAAGACUUUCCAUUUACUUGCAUUGUGUCUUUAUUAUUUAAACAACCUGUGUCAAAACCAACCUGAAUAAUUAAUUGCGAAAAGUCUGUUAAGCAGUUAAACAAUGUAUAAAAUAUUUAUAGGUGUCAAAAUUCCUAGUGCUUCUGAACCUGGAGUCUUGUUGCCCUGUUUUACAGUAGCUUGCAUUUUUGCCUUUGGCCACUAAAUAUGUUCAAAGCCAGAUUGAAUUGUUUUUUUGUGUUUUAAGUCUUCCUUAAUUGUCUUCAGCGUUUAUCUUCUGGGAUAACAGAGCUUGACUUCUGGGAUAUUUCAGUUAUCCUGUAAUCUGCAGAAGAGUUGGUAAUCUGUAACGCUGAAGAAAGGUGCAGGUUUUAUUUUUUAAAUUUUUUUUUGCCAAACAGCAUUUGAAAAUGUUAACGUGCCCAGACAGACAACAAUGUAUUCUGUUCUGUUUUGCUUAUGUUGCUUCAGCCAAAAACGUCAUGGCUGUAAGAUGCUACAUGUAGACGGCAAGGGGUGCCUAUUCAUUUUACUGGGGGGAUAAAUGUGAUGCUUUUACCUUUCCGAUAUCCUUGCCACUGAGAUUAGCGUCCCUGAUGCUUUGACCCCUCUGUGCCUGCAUUCCCUGCACGUUGCUGCAGGUGUCCUAGUGGACACCUACUAUACACUCCCCUGUACCUGUCACGUCACACUGCAGAGAGAACACUGGCUGGGGGCUGGUGUCAAGAGUUUCCAAAGGAAAUUUUAAGUAGGGAGGUUUGGGUUCAGUUAGAAAAUGUGGUGCGCAAGCAAUGGCAAGUCUAAAGGAGCAUCACUGUUAACCCUACCUGCUAUCUAUUGUCUGCCACGAUUGUGUUAUUCUGCCCCCACCCCCUCAAAACAAAAUACUUUUUUUAUUAUUACAUGUGGAAUGGAUAUGGGGUCAAUUUAGUUGAUCUGAACAGCAGCAGGUCUAAAUGCAUUAUCAUAAAUAGGACUGGUUAUUUUUCUCGAGACUAAAGUUAAAUACACUGGAGGCUAGUUUGACAGACCCCGAUUAGCACCAAUAUUAAACUACCCAUUAGUAGUAAGGUAGUCUACCACUUUCAAUCAAGGUCAGUGAAUCCAGACAUAAAAGAUCAAUUGAAUUGACCUCUUUGUAUGUUUUGUUUUUUCCCAUUAACAAUGCCUUUCAUGUAUGCUGACCCUUCCUUUUCCUUUCGGUUGGGUGCCCUAUGCCCAAUGCCCAGCAAGUUUGUAGUAUAGUAAAUAUACAAAUGGAAUAAUAGGUUCAUGUAGUUCAUUUAGAAUAUUUGUACAUAGUAAUUGUAAUAGGGAUACAGUGAGCUGUGUCUCUUUCGCCUAUGUUGUAUAUGCAAGAAAAAUAAACAUGUAACCUGAAAAAAUGAAAGCAAAUGUAACUCUUCAAAUGUAUUUUGUACAGCAUCUGGUUUGCAACGGUGCCUUAAGUUUACCAAGUAAAAAUAACCUUAUUUUAGUACACA